CGAGUUUGUUUAAUAUUUUUUACGGAAUUUCAUUAAUUUAUUUUUAUUUUUCAUCACAACGAUGUCGGCUUGCUCGCUCUUGAGCAGCACAGGCUUCAGUGAUGGGAGCGAUAUGGAGAAUAGCAGUAACAGAAGCGAGUUAAACACUAAGAGUAAUUCUAGAUCUAGGCGCAUCCGUGAAAUAGCCGGUGACACAACGGAUGAAGAAUUGGCAGAAGGACCUACAGAAACGGUUUCAUCGGAGGAAUCAAAGGAAUUAGUUUGGAAAGAGCUAAGAGGUGGGAUCAUGACAAAAAUAAAAGGCCUGGGAAAAAUGUUACGAUCAGCAUCCGGAUGCAUCAAGAAGAAGCCGCAACCAACUUGUGCGAGUCUAGGCAAGCCAAAACAUGGAUGUGUUAAAUCGAAAAAGGCUCCACCAAACCGUAGAAAGAAACUAACACCGCCAAAGCGUCGACGUGCGGUGAAAAAAAGCUGCCGCCCAACGAAACCGAACAAAGCUCCGAAAUGUAAGCCAAUCACCAAGACGGCGAAGAAGAAGGCCCAAAAGCGCAAGCCAAUCUGCAGAGCCAAAAAAGCGCCAAAAGCCAAGCCCCGCUGUGACUAAAUGGCGAGAUAUUACAUGUAAAUGGGAAAACGAACUGGCAGAUGAAGGACUUUGAAACCGUCAUCUACUGCAUCAGCAAGAAACCACAGAUGGAAUUUGAAAUUCAAAACAUAAACAACAAUGAUUACAAAAUCUGGGGCAUCCCCAAACGUUCACAAAAAUUUGUUCACUCUCUGCACAUCCGAAUGCAACUGACUUGAUCUAUAUUUGGCCAAAUUCUCGUUCUCUUCUUGAAAUCUACCAUUAAAUACGGAAGAAAAAGAA